GUGUCAGUCAACCAGUCAGUUGAUUAUUUUUGUGUGUGUGUGUGUGUGGUGGGGGGAUGUUGAAAAGAGCUCCAUACCAUCCUUCAUCUCUAUGACCGACGGACAAGAGAAACAGAGACAAGGACACGGGGACGUACAGUUUCUCUCAGAGGAAACUCACCAACCAGUUGACUUCCUGACAUCACUGCUGCUGCUGUCUAUGAGCUGCACCAAGGCAGAAGAGUGGACUUUCCAACAAUCCUGACACACGGAAAAACCCCAUUGAAACUCCAUCAGCAGCAGCAGCAGCAGCAGCAGCAGCAGCAGACACCAUGUCCUCUCCUUCCCUCCCCAUGCCCUCUCUCCCUCCCAGCCCUCUGGCCAUGGAGUACCUAAAUGACUUUGACCUCCUCAAGUUUGAGGUGAAACCCGACACUCCUCCGCUCCCUCCUCCAUGUUCAUAUCCCAAAUCUGGCCUUCCCCACGACCCCUCCAGCUCUCCAUACACCAGCCACCCUCCGCAGGACUCCAGUUUGAGCUCCAGCCCGUACAACUCCCUGCCACCCUCACCGACGCUCAGCGACGCCCACCCCCCACCUUCGGGAUCAUCCUCCCUCUCUUCGUCAUCCUCCUCCAUCUCCUUCCCCCUCUCCAUCUCCAACAGCUUCACCUCCGGCAUCAGCUCCGGCUCUCAGGGGAACGUGGAAGGCAGCCCGGCCCACGGCGGGCCUCAGGGUCCCACCCCAGCCUCCCUGGAGGACCUGAUCUGGCUGGCGGCACUGCAGCAGCAGUUUGGAGGUGAGGUGACGGGGCCCGCCACUUUGCUGGGAGCUUUGGGAGGGGUGCCGGAGCGAGGGGACAGAGAGAGGGGGCCGGUCAACGGCUUUCUGGGCUGUGAGGAUGCUGUGGAGGCUUUACUGAACUCAGCUGCUGCAGCUGUCAGCUCACAGUUUCCAGGUCUUUCUCAGAGCUCGAGCAGUAACCUGGGAGACUCCAGCAGCGACAGCGGAGGUGACAUCUCCUGCGCCAAAGGGACAGACAUGUGCCAUCGCCCGCUCGUCUUCCUCUCAUCAGCACCUCCCUCACUCCCCAACGCCGCCCCUGCUUCAGCUCCAUACCCUCAGCCCCUCAGCCCCCAGGGCCGCCUUCAUCAUCAGCAUCAUCAUCACCAGCACCACCCGCACCACCCCAUGCAUGGCAGCCAUCACCAUCAUCACCACCCUCAGAUGAAUCAGUGCGGGGUGAAUGAGCGCUUCUCUGAUGAGCAGCUGGUGAGCCUGUCGGUGCGGGAGCUGAACAGACACCUGCGAGGAGUGAGUAAGGAUGAGGUGGUGCGCCUAAAGCAGAAACGCCGCACGCUAAAGAACCGCGGCUAUGCGCAAUCCUGCCGCUACAAGCGCUUACAGCACCGCCACGCUCUGGAGUCAGAGAAACAUGUGCUCACACAACAGUUGGAACAGCUACAGUGUGAGCUGACUCGAGUGCUGAGGGAGAGAGACGCCUACAAGGCUCGCUACGAGAAGCUCCUCAGCACGAACCACGGCAUCGGCAGUGGCGAUGCCCCACCGACCCGCACCAGCAACCCACCUUCCCCACCCCCUGACUACUUCCUCUGAGUUGAACCCACAGGGAGAUGAGGAAGAGGAAGAAAAUACAGGAAUGAGUAACAAGACCAGCCAACAUGGAGCAGUCAGUGAUGAGUAAUCAGACUUUGGGAAGAAAACAAGGAUGUGUAUGUGUGUGUGUGUGUGUGCAUGUGUUUGCGCGCGUGUGUCCGUGUGUGAGAGAGAAAGUGAAAGAGAGACAUUGACAGGCAGUAUUGGGGGCUAUACAACUGUGAAAUCCACCUUUGAAUGAUUAAAGGGGAAUUGACUGUUAAUUCAUUGUGUUAGACUCAGCUCUAGGCUGCUUCAUGGACUUCAUUUUAACUUCACUGUGAAUGAUAGCUGCACAAAAACCAGCCGAGAGCUCUCUGAGGUCUUUUGCUCGUAAUAUCAGUGCAACAGUGGACAAACAAGACUAUGAAAACGGAUGAAAAAAAGCUUUAUCUUGCAUUAAACCUUAUCAAUAGUCCCUUACACUGCUUAGCAUAUUAUCUAUGCAAUAUUAUAGGUGCAAUGUACUCUCCAAAUGAGUGGUUGAGGCUCAAACUGUAGUUGUGUUUUUUUUAUAAUAAGCUGCUAAAGCUGCAGAGGUCUGAGUAGUGCAGUGGUGCUGGAUGUGGAGUGGUAUGGGCUUGGAUAAAGUAUCCACGGCAUGCAGUUGUAUUUGCCAGCUAAUUUUUCACAGUUGCCUACCAAAGUGUUUAAGCUCACCAAGACUUGUUAUUCUUUGUAAGAUGAAUAAUCAUAGAUUAAAGAAUGUACAAGGAUACCUUUCAUGGGAAUCUUCCAGUGAUUGUGCUAAAUGAAUAGUGGGGAUAUUGCUCUUGUGUUUUAGCAAAGAAAUCUACCUUUUGCUAGUCGGAAAUGGCGAAUUUCAGCCAUUACCAGCGACAGGAAAGACUUGCUGCUUGCUCUCAGAAAUGGGUUUUUACAUCCAGAGAAGUGGAGCUGGUGGUGUGCUUAACAAAAGCGACUGCAUACGGUGAAAGAGAGAAAGCAACCCAUCGCAGCAGGCGAAAAAGAGUGUGGCAUGAUUUGUGUGGUUGUUUCCAGUUCUCCAGACUAGAGAAGCUAUUUUUGGGCAGAUUGAACACCUCUGUAAUGGGGACGAUCACCAAAUUUAUGCAACAUGCGGCACCACAGAGCUGGUCACUGUGGGCUCAGGCACUGUGGGCUACAGAUGCAACAGAAAAUUAACGGUGCAGGGAUUUAAAAAAAAAAAAUGCAAAAAAUCUCUUCGUGGUGACACCUUCUUAACUGUCCCAUGAAAUCAUUGCCAGGGUUCAUGCAUUAGAGCUAUUUAUUUUGUUUGGGUGUAGGUUAAAUAAAUUGUUCUUUUAUUUAUUCACUUAUUUAUUCAGUAUUUAUUGUUUAUUUAUGUACUGAUUCUAAUUAUUUUACCUUACUGGUUUUAUUCCAUUAGCGUGUAUUUUUACUUUCCUACAGUUAAUUAUUUUAUCCAAUUGUGAUUAGAAUUAACAUUAUUACAAAAAUUAGGGCCAUGAUCAUGGUUCCCUGCUCCUGUUGUAGUGUGGUUUCAUAUGCAUAUGAAAUAAACAAAGUAC